UAACAUGAAACUACAUGCGGCCUCUAAGGCGAGAGGAAAAUAUCAUCGCCACGUAUGCAACACAAGUAGCGCACAGACCCGAAAAAGAUCUCCUCUUCUUCCUCCUCCUCUCUCUCUCUCCAAAUCCCAAAAUCUCACAACCAAAAAAAUCCCCCACUUCUUCUGCAACUCACUUUUUUUUUUUUUCCAGUAACAAAAAUCAAGAAUCUCUCAAUCUUCUGCUUCAGAUAUUUUUUUUUCAUCUUGAACAGAAUUUUUGGGUGUGAUUUGUAAAAUAUAGGAAUCAAACGUUGAACAUAGAGAAAUUGAUUGAUAAUUGAAGAAAUCAGAAGGUUUGAAGCUAAAAAUUGGGGUAAUUGUUGUGAUUUGUGAAUAAGUAUUUGCUGAAGAAGAAGGUAUAAUAGUACCUUUUCUGUUGAAAUUGUAAUCGAGAAAGAGAAGUAGCUCCCAACUGUAAGUAUAAAUUUAUUUAUGAAGAAACUGAUUAAGUAAAUUGGGAAGAACUUACUUCAUUGUUCGAUUGUUCGAUGCUCGGUUCGGGAUGCUGAAUUUAUGAGAUUCUAAUCCUUGAUUGGUAACGGCCUUCGGAUUGAAGUUUGUAGUUGGGUUGAAACAAUAACAUUAUUUUUCACAGAAUAAGAGAAAUGGGGACGGUUGAUUAUAUGGCGCGUCCAUCGGAAAGGUGGAUUGAUGGCCUUCAGUUCUCCUCUUUGUUUUGGCCACCACCACAAGAUACACAACAGAGGAAGGCUCAAAUCACAGCUUACGUUGAGUAUUUUGGACAAUUCAUAUCAGAACAGUUUCCAGAAGACAUUGCUGAGUUGAUUCGUAUUCGUUACCCAGCUCAUGAAAAACGUCUAUUUGAUGAUGUCCUUGCUACUUUUGUCCUCCACCAUCCAGAGCAUGGGCAUGCUGUUGUUCUUCCUAUCAUUUAUAUUAUUAUUGAUGGGACUCUAGUAUAUGAUAAGGAUCGACCUCCAUUUGCCUCUUUCAUUUCUCUGUUCUGCCCAAAUGACGAGAAUGAAUAUUCUGAGCAGUGGGCACUAGCAUGCGGAGAGAUACUGCGAAUUUUAACUCACUAUAAUCGUCCAAUAUACAAAGUUGAGCGAAAGCAAAGUUCAAAAGAUUGUACCACCAGUAUAAAUAGUGCUACUUGCAGCAAAGCUUCUGUUGCCAAACCGUCUUGUUCUUCUUCUGCUCAUAGUGAAAAGAGACCUUCAAGGCCUUUGUCCCCUUGGAUUACUGACAUAUUACUUGCAGCCCCUCUUGGUAUUAAAAGUGAUUACUUUAGAUGGUGUGGUGGUGUUAUGGGAAGGUAUGCUGCUGGAGAACUCAAACCGCCUAUGAUUGCUUCUUCUCGUGAAAAUGGGAAGCAUCCUCAGUUAAUGCCGUCAACUCCUCGUUGGGCUGUUGCAAAUGGUGCUGGUGUUAUAUUAAGUGUCUGUGACGAAGAAGUCACGCGAUAUGAGACUGCUAGUUUAACAGCUGUUGCAGUUCCUGCCCUUCUGCUUCCUCCUCCAACAACAGCUUUGGAUGAGCAUCUAGUUGCUGGUUUACCUGCACUUGAACCAUAUGCACGUUUGUUUCAUCGGUAUUAUGCAAUCGCUACACCAAGUGCCACUCAGAGAUUGUUGCUUGGACUUCUUGAAGCACCACCAUCAUGGGCUCCAGAUGCACUUGAUGCUGCAGUACAACUUGUGGAACUUCUUCGGGCAGCUGAAGAUUAUGCAACUGGAAUGAGAUUACCAAGAAACUGGAUGCAUCUACAUUUUCUGAGAGCUAUUGGCAUAGCAAUGUCUAUGAGAGAAGGUAUUGCCGCUGAUGCUGCAGCAGCAUUGUUGUUUCGUAUACUUUCUCAGCCUGCCUUGCUUUUUCCACCAUUGAGACAAGUUGAAGGGGUUGAUGUCCAGCAUGAACCUUUGGGUGGUUAUAUCUCAUGCUACAGAAAGCAGAUAGAAAUGCCUGCUGCUGAAGCUACUAUUGAAGCCACUGCACAGGGCAUUGCAUCAAUGCUUUGUGCCCAUGGUCCAGAGGUGGAAUGGAGAAUUUGUACCAUAUGGGAAGCUGCUUAUGGUUUGAUACCGUUAAGCUCUUCAGCUGUUGAUCUUCCUGAAAUAAUAGUUGCUACACCAUUGCAGCCCCCCCUAUUGUCAUGGAACUUGUACAUACCUCUCCUUAAAGUAUUGGAGUAUCUGCCUCGAGGAAGCCCAUCCGAAGCAUGUCUUAUGAAAAUAUUUGUGGCUACUGUUGAAGCAGUUCUACGGAGAACAUUUCCGUUUGAGUCAUCUCCGGAAGAAAAUCGAAGAUCAAGAUACAGUUCUGAAGCAGGCCCAGCAUCCAAAAACCUAGCUGUGGCCGAGCUCCGCACCAUGGUUCAUUCAUUGUUCUUGGAAUCAUGUGCUUCCGCAGAGCUUGCUUCUCGAUUGCUAUUUGUGGUGCUAACUGUCUGUGUUAGUCACGAAGCUCACAGAAAUGGGAAAAGUUCGAGGGGUGAGGAUAACUAUGCUGAACACACUACCAAACACUCAGAAUCAAGUCAAUCCAGCCCUUCAAGAUCAAGGAAUUCUAAGAGACAGAGAGAACCCAGAAGUAAGAAAUCCAAAAAACAAGGUCCUGUUGUGGCAUUUGAUUCUUAUGUGCUGGCUGCUGUUUGUGCUCUAUCCUGUGAACUUCAGCUGUUUCCUUUGAUUGCAAGUAUGUCUGAUCCUUCAAUUUCUAAAGAUUCGGCUAAUAUUGCCAAGCCUGUCAAAUUAAAUGGUACAUCUCAUGAAUUCAAGGAAGGUGUUGACUCUGCGGUCCGUCAUACUCGUAGAAUUUUGGCAAUUCUGGAAGCUUUAUUUUCACUGAAACCAUCAACUAUUGGCACAUCAUGGGGUUACAGUUCAAAUGAAAUAGUUGCUGCUGCUAUGGUUGCUGCCCACAUUUCUGAAUUAUUCAGGCAAUCAAAGGCUUGCAUGAAUGCCCUAUCUAUCUUAAUGCGUUGUAAAUGGGAUAAUGAAAUUCACACCAGGGCAUCUUCACUUUAUAAUCUAAUUGAUAUCCACAGAAAAGCAGUUGCAUCUAUUGCCAACAAGGCAGAACCACUAGAAGCUCAUCUAUCCCAAACACCAGUGUGGAGGGGUCCACCAAUUGUUGCCAAUCGAAGAAAACAAAAUGAUUGUGGAGGGACUGUCUCUUUUCAAUCAGAAGUGCCAUCAUCACUAAUAUGUGAAGAUUCUUCCCAUUCAAAGAAUUUACUAAAUUGUGGGAAGGCUAUAUACACAGACAAUGAUGCUGGAAAUAUAGCGGGUAAAAGGGUUGCGAACUUCCAAUUUGAUGCCUCAGAUUUGGCUCAUUUCCUUACUAUGGACAGGCAUAUAGGUUUAAAUUGCAGUGUACAAAUUUUUCUGCAAUCAGUACUUGAAGAGAAACAAGAACUUUGCUUCUCAGUUGUUUCACUCCUUUGGCACAAGUUGAUUGCAUCACCUGAAACUCAACCUAGUGCAGAAAGUACCUCUGCACAGCAAGGAUGGAGACAGGUUGUUGAUGCACUAUGCAAUGUUGUAUCUGCAUCACCCGCUAAAGCAGCAGCAGGGAUUGUUCUUCAGGCUGAAAGGGAGUUACAGCCCUGGAUUGCCAAGGAUGAUGAUCAAGGACAGAAAAUGUGGAAGAUUAACCAGCGAAUUGUAAAGCUAAUGGUGGAAUUGAUGAGAAAUUAUGAUACCCCCGAAUCACUUGUCAUACUGGCAAGUGCUUCAGAUCUUCUUUUGCGUGCGACGGAUGGGAUGCUUGUUGAUGGAGAAGCUUGCACUCUUCCUCAGUUGGAGCUGCUAGAAGCAACUGCCAGGGCAGUUCAAUCAGUGCUGAAAUGGGGAGAGUCUGGAUUAGCUGUUGCAGAUGGCCUCUCCAAUCUUUUAAAGUGCCGCCUACCAGCUACUAUAACAUGCCUCUCUCAUCCAAGUGCACAUGUCCGUGCUUUAAGCACUUCUGUUCUCCGAGAUAUACAGCAGAACGGAUCUGUAAAAUUUGGUUUUCAACAAGAAAAUAGAAAUGGUAUCCAUGAGUCUCCCUUUCAAUACUUGCAUUUAGGGAUCAUUGACUGGCACACAGAUAUUGAAAAGUGUUUGACGUGGGAGGCUCAUAGUCGACUAGCACGAGGAAAGACUAUUGAGUAUCUUGACACGGCAGCCAAGGAACUAGGGUGUACAAUAACCAUCUGACAUCCUUUUUACUAUCUUCUCAGUUCCUACUCUGUUAUUUGUUUGAGAAAACAGAGGAAAAUUUAAUCCUGACAGCCAUUCAGGCAAUUGAUUCGUAGGUGGAUAGGUCUUCUAGCACAAUGAUGUAAAACUCGUUUCAUUUGUAGUCCAAUGUGCUAGUAUAUCCAAGUAAAAUGCUACAUGUAUUGUGAGACGGGGUGACACAGCAACGAGGUAAUCAUAGUCUCAACCAAUACCUGCUUCGCUGCAGGUUAGAUUUGUCUCUAGGUGACUUGUUAUCAAGGAGAAAAACUAGGAGUCAGAAGGGAACAUUUCCUUCAACAGCCACGAGCCAAUUACAUUGUUAUUUCCUCAGUCGUGUCUCACUCCGUUGUAAAAUAUGGCCAUGAAAAGAGAGUUCAAGAACCAUUUGUGGCAGGGUAAAAAUGGCAAGUAGUUGUAUAAAUACAGUUAAUAUGGUGUCUGACUUUCUUUUUUUCAUUUUUUCCCACUGUUAGUAGCACAUGAACAAUUCUGUAUGGAGUUGAUACGAGAGUACCAAGUAAUUUGAUGUCUUCUCAAAUUUAAUUUCUAUGCCUAAUUAAAGUACUUGUAUAAUAGUGUGAUUUA